GUUUGCUGCAAAACUCUAUACAACAUUGUUGGGCUUCUGCCCUUUUGACGAGAUUCAUUCAUAGCGACGCAUCCUUUCUACCCUUUCUAUCUUGCUGCGGUUACGUAGUUCCCCAACAAGAGUUAGAGGCCAUCGACUUGCUGCCUGAUCUUUCAAAUACCACGCUCGUAAUGGCCCCUCCCAAACAGGAAGUUGAUGUUUCGAAACUCAGUCCAGAAGAUAAGGCAUUUUUCGAAAAGUAUGGUCGUCUCCCUCCAGCGAAAAAGCAAGUACUAAGUCAAAGAUUGAAGGGCGGAGAUCGCAAGUAUUUUGAUUCUGGUGAUUACGCCCUUUCCAAAGCUGGAAAAUCUUCAUCCGAUGAAGUAGGAUCGCAGCAUCCUUCACCAGAACGGAUUCCACAUUCUGUGCCGCCGAAUUUGAAGAAGGAUGCCAAUCCACCCAAGGAAUCAAGCUUGAUUCAUGAAGCAAAGGUGGAAGGAACAGGGGCUGCGCAAUAGGUUGCUUUGGGUCUGAUAGACAUGUGAGGCUGUCCUACGAGGAAGGGCAUGUGGAAUGCAUUCGAUGAAAGAGUCUAGUUUUUUGUUUUGGGUUCUCUGAAAAUGGUUUAAACCUAUGCAGCUCGUUGUCUGCACUUGAAUAAGAGCAACUCCUGUUUGAACAAAAUAUUCACUGCUGGGUAAAGAUAUAUUACAAAUACAUCCACAACAUGUAUUGAUAUUUCGUUAAAUGCA